GUGGAGAGACGGCGAUACUUUUGGCGGCAAAGACAAACUACGAUAUCCUGGCUAAUGUUAAUGUUCCCGUGAUUAUAACGGUUGACUGACUUUACCCUGAACUUUAACUUAAGCGUCACCGGUUGAGACUCUAGUUAAGCUUUUCACGACAGCACAGGGAAGCAUUAUCCAACUGUCUACGUGAGGAAAGGUGUCUUUACUAACGUCGUAGUUUCAGUAUCUCCCGUGUUAGCUUGUUGUCAUCUUGUUAGCUUCAAAGACCCGUCGGCUCCAGAACAGGAGACCAUGGCAACCAGGAAGAUGUGCAUCCGGAAGAGCAAGGAAGAAACGGCCGAGUGGACUCAGUUGUUCCUGAAGGACUUGAAAACACAGCAGGAGUCCCUUGUCUUCAUCAAGAGGAUGAUGGCUGUGGCAGUCUCCUCCAUCACCUACCUCAGGGGGAUCUUUCCAGAGGACGCCUACAAAUCCAGAUAUCUGGAAGAUUUGUGCAUCAAAGUUUUGCGUCAGGACUGCAACACCCCUGGUGCCAGCAAAGUUGUGAAAUGGAUGAUGGGGUGCUUUGAUGCGUUGGAGAAGCAGUAUCUCCAGAUUGUAUUCAUCGGGGUGUACACCAAUCCAGAUGAACCAAAUUGCAUACUUGAAUCGUACCAGUUCAAAUUCAAGUACACUGAGAAGGGACCAGAGAUGGACAUACUCAGAUGCAACGAUGUGAAGAUGCAGGUGACAUUGGACGACACCAAGAGAGCCUCGGUGCUGCUCAUCAGGAAGCUCUUCCUGCUCAUGCAGAACCUGGAUGUCCUCCCCAACAAUGUGCAUCUCACCAUGAAGCUCUACUAUUAUGACGACAUCACCCCAGCUGACUAUCAACCGCCAGGCUUCAAGGAGGGCGAAUGCGACAGCCUCUGGUUUGAAGGCAUGGCUGUGCACUUCAAGGUGGGUGAGGUGCAGACGGCAUUUCACACCUUGAGAGUGCGUGUGUCGGCGGAACAAAGCCGGCUGGAGAAGCUUCAAGAAGGGAACCACAUGAGGGAGACCAAGCAAGUUUCUCAGAGCAAUCCUCCAGAGAGGGAAACAAUCAAGGAUCCUCGUGAGAAAACAUGCGACGAAGAUCUCCCUUCCGAAGAUGAGUCUGCACAGUUCAAGAAACCGAAAAAACCCAUGGCAAAGAGAAAUGCAGCUGCCAAAAAUCUGUCCAGGAAGAAAAGAAGAAUUUAGACACGACAUUACACAAAACAAAAGCUCUGACAGCAAUGUGAACACAAACAUUUAUUAUUUAUGAAUUUUAUUGAAAUGUUAUACACAGUUUUGUUAUGUUACAAUUUAUUUGACAUGAAAAUGUGUCAAGACCGGUUCCUUCAUAAUUACCUUGACCCACCAGGCGGGAUGUUACAGUCUAGUUCUGAUUUAAACAGCAUUGUACAAAAAGCAUAUAUGAACUGUACAUUGUAGAUGAAUUAAAUCAAUACAACAUUU